AUGGGCCGUCACCAAAUCGAACAAGGCUCUAUCACUAUCGCAUACGGUAAAGACCAUGUCACAGGCUACUUUCUCAGCGUUAUAGAUGAGCGACUUUCCUGGUCGUCCGAUGCUACCACACAGGUCAAUGAGAUCACGGAGAAGGUCAAUGCAGAUGGUGGAGGGGGCUACUUUGACCUUCAUACGGGCCUGGUAGGGAUCGGGCAUAGGGUUGAUGUGGCCACGAUUUUGCAUUUCUGGAAGGUUUACGGGGUCAAGGAGGAGCAUUUAGAGAUGGCUAGGAAGGGGAAGGAGUUUUAA